AUGAGCCUGAACCGUCUUGCGGUGUGGUCCUCAACGUGUCUUUACGAAGAGAUUGUCUGGCUUCUGUUUCGCUUCGACACACGACGCACGCUUUCUGCCAAGGAAGGAAGUGUCCUUUUCCCGUCUUUGUUCCAGCCCAGUGCGUCAGAUGCCCUCCCGGUGUCAUCAGAUAUUAAAGCUGGGGGUUUCCUGGCCACACCUCCUCAGACUCACGUGCCUGGCCACGCCCCCUCGGACACACGUGCCUGGCCUCGCCCCCUCGGACAAACGCGCUUGGCCACUCCCCCUCAGACCCACACGCCUGGCCACGCCCCCUCGGACACACGCGCCUGGCCAUACCCCCUCGGACACACGCGCCUGGCCUCGCCCCCUCGGACAAACGCGCUUGGCCACGCCCCCUCAGACCCACACACCUGGCCACGCCCCCUCGGACACACGCGCCUGGCCACACCCCUUCAGACACACGCACCUGGCCACGCCCCCUCGAACAUGGCCUCGGCCGCGGUGCCCAGCGAGGACCUGCCCACCUACAAGCUGGUGGUGGUGGGGGACGGGGGGGUGGGGAAGAGCGCCCUCACCAUACAGUUCUUCCAGAAGAUCUUUGUCCCGGACUACGACCCGACCAUCGAGGACUCGUACCUCAAACACACGGAGAUCGACGGGAGCUGGGCCAUCCUGGACGUCCUGGACACAGCGGGGCAGGAGGAGUUCAGUGCGAUGAGGGAGCAGUACAUGAGAACAGGAGACGGUUUCCUCAUCGUCUUCUCUGUGACCGACCGAGCCAGUUUCCAACAUGUGGACCGCUUCCACCAACUCAUCCUGAGAGUCAAGGACCGAGAAGCCUUCCCCAUGGUGCUGGUGGCAAACAAAGUGGACCUGGUUCAUCUGAGGAAGGUGUCGUCAGAGCAGGGUCAAGAGAUGGCCUCAAAGCACAAUAUCACGUACAUAGAGACCAGUGCCAAAGACCCUCCCAUGAACGUGGACAAGGCCUUCCACGAGCUGGUCCGGGUCAUCAGGCAGCAGGUUCCAGAGCGACACCUGAAGAAGAAGAUGAAGUGGAGAGCGGAGCGCAGCGCGGCACAUCGACACCGACUGCACUGCACCCUCUUGUGA